UUCUCAGAGAAACGCUGAUAAAAGGUUCUCAGGGAAACGCUGAUAAAACGUUCUCAGGGAAACGCUGAUAAAACGUUCUCAGGGAAACGCUGAUAAAAGGUUCUCAGAGAUACGCUGAUAAAACGUUCUCAGGGAAACGCUGAUAAAACGUUCUCAGAGAAACGCUGAUAAAACGUUCUCAGAGAAACGCUGAUAAAACGUUCUCAGGGAAACGCUGAUAAAACGUUCUCAGGGAAACGCUGAUAAAACGUUCUCAGAGAAACGCUGAUAAAACGUUCUCAGGGAAACGCUGAUAAAACGUUCUCAGGGAAACGCUGAUAAAACGUUCUCAGGGAAACGCUGAUAAAACGUUCUCAGGGAAACGCUGAUAAAACGUUCUCAGGGAAACGCUGAUAAAACGUUCUCAGGGAAACGCUGAUAAAACGUUCUCAGAGAAACGCUGAUAAAACGUUCACAGAGAAACGCUGAUAAAACGUUCUCAGGGAAACGCUGAUAAAACGUUCUCAGAGAAACGCUGAUAAAACGUUUUCAGAGAAACGUUGUUGCAACGUUCUCAGAGAAAUGUUGCUGUAGUUUUCUCAGAGAAAUGUUUCAGUAAUGUUCUUAUACAAACAUAGAGGGAACGUUCUCAGGGACACGUUGCUCUAAUGUUGUCAUGGAAAUGCUCAGGGAAUGUUCUUAAAGAAACACUGAUGUAACGUUCCUCAUAGAAACAUUGCCGUAACGUUCCGCAUAACGUUCUAACGUUUCAUAGAAACGUUGAUGUAACGUUCUGCUAUGUCAGAUCCUGGUGUUUUUACAGAAACGGUGUUCUAACGUUCUGUUAUCUUAGAUCCUGGUGUUUUUACAGAAACGGUGUUCUAACGUUCUGUUAUCUUAGAUCCUGAUGUUUUUAUAGAAACGGUGUUCUAACGUUCUAUUAUCUUAGAUCCUGGUGUUUUUAUAGAAAUGGUGUUCUAACGUUAUGCUAUCUUAGAUCCAGGUGUUUUUAUAGAAACGGUGUUCUAACGUUAUGCUAUCUUAGAUCCAGGUGUUUUUAUAGAAACGGUGUUCUAACGUUCUGUUAUCUCAGAUCUUGAUGUUUGCAGAGGAACGUUGUUCUAACGUUCUAUUAUCUUAGAUCCAGGUGUUUUUAUAGAAAUGGUGUUCUAACGUUAUGCUAUCUUAGAUCCUGGUGUUUUUAUAGAAACGGUGUUCUAACGUUCUGUUAUCUUAGAUCCUGGUGUUUUUACAGAAACGGUGUUCUAACGUUCUGUUAUCUUAGAUCCUGAUGUUUUUAUAGAAACGGUGUUCUAACGUUCUAUUAUCUUAGAUCCUGGUGUUUUUAUAGAAACGGUGUUCUAACGUUAUGCUAUCUUAGAUCCAGGUGUUUUUAUAGAAAUGGUGUUCUAACGUUAUGCUAUCUUAGAUCCUGGUGUUUUUAUAGAAACGGUGUUCUAACGUUCUGUUAUCGCAGAUCUUGAUGUUCGCAGAGGAACGUUCGCGGUUGAAGCUGAGCUCUUCAUUCCCUGACAGUCAGCUGGACGCCAUCGGCUGCCUUCCCAUGAUCCUCCCCUUCGUCCUGCUGUCGACUUCAGCCAAUGAGGAGCGAGCUGUGUCGGCGGCAGUGGACUUCGUGAAGCUCACCCAUCCUCACCCCAGGGUUCCUGAUUACGUGUCCAUUUACAGCCGGGCGCUGUACGCCGUGGUGGGCGGAGCCAGCGUCCGCCAGCAGGCCGAGCGCGCUCUGAAGGCACUGGACACCUGGGACACCUGCCAGAGCUUCAUGAGGAAGGCGGCCAGGUUCCCCGGUUCCUCUGAGGACAGGAUGAAGGUCCAUCAAGACGCCGUGAACCACCUCGGUCUCGCCUGCUACACUAAAGGAGCUCUGUCCAGUUUGUUCUAUUUGGCCCAUGAGUUCCACGAUGACCUCAGAGGAGGAAUUCUGACCAACACCAACUGUGGAGGGGAGAACUGUAACCGGGGGGCUGGAGUUAGUAGUACUUCUACUGCAGUACUUUGUGUGUUUUCUCCAGGGGAGAACUGUAACCGGGGGGCGGCUCUCGGAGCUCUUCUCGGGGCCUCCGGGCCUGAAUCUGUUCCUCAGCAGUGGAAGGAGGAGCUGAAAGAUGGACAGGACUUCAUCCCUGACCUCCUGAAGCAGCUGCAGUGAGGCAGUGUCGCCCCCUGGAGAACCGGAGGGGAACUACAACUGUUUACAAUCCCUCAGCUUUGAUUCCACGUCUCUGUUUGAUGGUUAUUGAUGACGUCAUAUGAACUAUUAAACAAGAAUAAAUUAUACAUAUUUAUUAUUGUGCCUUUAUUUGACCUGUUUGAAGCACGAGCAGCCUUUAAAGAACAAUAAAAACAUAAAGUGGA